AUGCCAGAAUUGGUGGGAACAUUGGGAUUCCCGAGGAUCGUAGCGCGCUUGGAGCAGUAUGAGCAGAUGAAUGCCAUCCCGGCCUACAAGAAGAUGGCAAAGAUCAUGAAAGAUACCAUGAAGCAGGAGGAGGCGAGCGAGAAGGUGGAGCCAGGCUGGCGCUCCUCCGCCAGCCCUGAGGAGAUCGUGAAACGCCAGGAGGCCGCCCAGGAGCGCGCCAGAGAGUCCUAUCCCCACCUAAUUUUGGCCUGGUAUGCAAUCCUGAACCCCUUUUUCGGCUUUGAAGCCCAGCUGAAAGCUGCAAACCUUAUUUUCCAUCCGGUCUCCCUGGGAGAUGCAGACACAAUCCCUCCAAUCCGUGCAAAACAGAACUUGAAAAAG